AGAAAGUUUGUUCUUGAACGGGCAUCAUCAUCAUCACCUAGUUGGGCCGCAUGACAUGUGAAUGAGGGUAGCUAAGAAAACGGGGUUGAAGAGGAUACCGUUUUAGUUACGUUGUUUAAGCUACGGUUAAGUAAGAAAAUGCCCAGGAAAACGAAGGAGGAAUCGGAGUGGGUGGACAACGAAGUCGCAGCGGCAGCUGAAAAGACUGUGAAAAAAGGGAAGAAAGAUAAAAAGGGAAAAAAGACUUUCUUUGAGGAGCUCACCACAGAUUGCAAACCUGAAAAGGUACAUGAGGUGGCUGGAAAAGACACACAGGGAAAACAGAAAAAGAAAAAAGAUCGACGGAAAGGAAAAGGUGGAGAUGCAAGUGAGGAAGAUGAUGCAAACGUCAUGCUGAAGCUGAAAAAGCUUUCAGUACAAGCAAGUUAUGAGGAAGAUGAGCCAGCCAUUACCACCAGUGAAGGAAAGAAGGGUGGAAACAUCUACGCUGCUCUCUGUCAGGGCCAGAGUGAUGAGGAUGCUGAUAUAGAUGAAGAAGAUAGACCAGCUAAAAAAAUCGUAUGUGCUGAGGAGGAUGAUGCAGAGAAAGAAGAUGCUGAAGAGAAAACUACAAAGACCAAGAAAGCAGAAGCCAUUUCCAAGUCACCUGAUAUUUAUGAAACAGAAGAGAAACGAAAGAAGGGGAAGAUGGAACAAUACAAGAAAGGAAAGCCUGCUGAGCGAUCAUGCAGCGAGUGUGAAGAUGAUGAUGAGGAGGAUAGUGAUGGAGGUGACAUGAUGAUGAGUGCUGAGGAUACCAUCGCAGAACAGGCCAAACCACAGGAAGAGGACCCAAAUGCUAAUCUUAGUAAAAAGGAGAAGAAGAAGAAAAAGAAACAGAUGGAGUACGAGCGUCAAGUGGCCAGUGUUAGGGCUCAGAAUGCCUUGGAGGGAGAUUUCUCCAUUUCCCAGGCGGAGAUGUCCUCCAGACAGGCAAUGCUGGAGAAUGCCUCUGAUAUUAAGCAGGGAGAAGAUAUGGUUUGGUUGGACCAAAUGGGUAAAUAUAUUUUCAUACCUCCACCAAGGAGAUACGGUUUUCUUCUACGUAUUAUACUGCACAACCUGCUGUACCAAAGUCAAGUGAAAAGCAAAGGAAAGACCACACUACUAAAACACAUAGCUAACAGAGCUCUCAGUAUUCCACCUAACAUUGAUGUGCUACUGUGUGAACAGGAGGUGGUAGCUGAUGACACGCCGGCAGUGCAGGCUGUGCUGAAAGCAGACACUCGCCGCCUGAAGCUUCUGGAGGAGGAGAAACGGCUGCAGGCUCGUCUCGAAAAGGGAGAGGACAGUGUCGCUGAGCGGCUGGAAAAGGUCUAUGAAGAGCUGAGGGUGAUUGGAGCUGCAGCAGCUGAGGCCAAAGCCAGAAGGAUUCUGGCUGGUCUGUCCUUUACCCCUGAGAUGCAAAACAGACCCACCAAGAGGUUCUCUGGAGGUUGGAGAAUGAGAGUCUCCCUUGCCAGAGCUCUGUUCAUGGAACCCACAUUGCUGAUGCUGGAUGAACCCACAAACCACCUGGACCUGAACGCCGUCAUUUGGCUCAAUAACUACCUACAAGGCUGGAAGAAGACUCUUCUCAUAGUUUCCCACGAUCAGAGUUUCCUUGAUGACGUGUGUACGGAUAUCAUCCACUUAGACAACGAGAAACUCUACUAUUACAGAGGGAAUUACUUGACCUUCAAGAAGAUGUAUGUGCAGAAGCAGAAAGAACUACAGAAGCAGUACGACAAGCAGGAGAAGAAACUGAAAGAGCUGAAGGCUGGUGGAAAGUCCACAAAACAGGCUGAGAAGCAGACUAAGGAGGUCCUGACCAGAAAGCAACAGAGAGGCAAGAAGAAAGGAGGUCAGGAGGAGGAAAGCCAGGAUGCUACGGAGCUUCUGAAGAGGCCUAAAGAAUACACUGUCAAGUUCACUUUCCCCAACCCACCUCCACUUUCACCACCCAUACUGGGACUACAUAGUGUUGACUUUGGAUAUGAUGGUCAGAAGUCUUUAUUCAAAAACGUGGACUUUGGAAUUGACAUGGACACCAGGAUUUGUAUAGUUGGACCCAAUGGUGUUGGGAAGAGUACCUUGCUGCUGCUUCUCACUGGGAAACUAAAUCCUACUAAAGGUGAGAUGAGAAAGAAUCAUCGUUUGAAAGUGGGCUUCUUCAACCAGCAGUAUGCUGAUCAAUUGAACAUGGAGGAAGCAGCUACAGAGUACCUGAUGAGGAAUUUCAACCUUCCCUAUCAGGAUAGCAGAAAGUGCCUGGGACGUUUUGGCCUGGAGAGCCAUGCCCACACCAUUCAGAUCUCCAAACUUUCCGGUGGUCAGAAAGCUAGAGUAGUAUUUGCUGAACUAUCAUGUCGUCAGCCUGAUGUACUGAUUUUGGAUGAACCCACCAACAAUUUAGACAUUGAGUCAAUCGAUGCCUUAUUUGAGGCCAUCAAUGAAUACAAAGGAGCUGUGAUCAUUGUGAGUCACGAUGCCCGGCUCAUCACAGAGACCCAUUGUCAAAUGUGGGUGGUCGAGGACAGUACAAUCAACCAGAUCGAUGGAGACUUUGAUGAUUACAAGCGGGAGGUGUUGGAGUCCCUGGGAGAGACCAUGGUCAACAAGGUCAAUGUGUGAUCGAACAGAGGAACCACCGCUGUCCUUCCACCUGGAUCAGCUGGCUUGUAAAAAAAAAACACCACUGACAGUAAACAUUUAUUUGUUGGGGUGUUUAUAGUAAUUCCCUUCUGAACUCCAACAGGCUUGAGUGUACAUCUAACAUUAAUUUUCCAAAAUAUAUGGAGAAAUGUCUUUGUGAUCUACUAAAGUUAACAAUAAAACAAACACAAUUUUCA